GACUGUCCCGGGCAGAACGCGGGGCAGGAUCGCGGGAGCUGCACGAGCCGAAGGUCGGAUAUCGCGCGACUGUGUUUUUCUACGCGAACCGGAGGAAACCCUGCGGAAACAGCGCGCUUUUUUUUAAUCUGUUUGUUUAUUUGUUUGUUUCUUUUUCUUUUCAUUCGCGUCGUUUUGUCACCUUGUUGUUCGGCGGAGGUUCGGGAGGAGCAGCGCGGUGUGCGGUCUUGUUUUAGUUGGAGAAACAAAAGCGGAAAAAAAACACUACGGGGGAAAGGUGUGUUUGUGUGGCCGUUCGGGAUUCGAGGCUGCGCGGCACGAACGCCCGCUCACCGGCCCUGCUGUGGGUGCGAGGCGAGCGCUCGGUUUAACCCGCGACAUGCACCGAUAAACAAAGACGCUGCUUACUUUCGUGUCUGUUAACUCGCCCGCAGAUUGAACUCUACAACAUCAUAAACCGUACGCAGGAAGCGUGGAGAAGACUGCAGCGGUAGCGGUUUGGUUUUCCGGACCUGGUUAAAUAAACACGAAUAAACACACACACACACACACACACACACAUGAUGAUGCCACCGCUUGCCGUCCGGAUCCUCUUUCUCGGCUUGUGUGUGCGCGGCGCCGCGGCUCAGGCAGCUUCCACUCCGGCCGUGUGCGCGCCCGCGUGCCGCUGCGACGGAGACGGAGGCGCCGACUGCUCCGGGAGAGGACUGAGCUCCGUGCCGAGCGGCCUCAGCGCCUUCACCUACUACCUUGACCUCAGCAUGAACAACAUCACAGAGCUGCCUGCGAAUGUAUUCAAGAACCUGCCAUACCUGGAGGAACUGAGAUUGGCAGGUAACGAUCUGACUUUCAUUCACCCUGAAGCUCUGUCUGGUCUCCACCAGCUCAAAGUGCUCAUGCUUCAAAAUAACCAGUUGAAGACGGUUCCUAGUGCGGCUCUCAAAAACCUCCAUGCUCUGCAGUCUCUGCGCUUGGAUGCGAACCACAUCACAGUGGUGCCCGAGGACAGUUUCCAGGGCCUGCAGCAGCUCAGACAUCUGUGGCUGGAUGAUAACAGCCUGACCGAGGUUCCAGUUAUACCUCUGCAGCAUCAGGGGAACCUGCAGGCGCUCACGCUGGCACUCAACCGAAUCAGCCACAUCCCUGACAGCGCUUUCGCCAACCUCUCCAGCCUGGUGGUGCUACAUCUGCACAAUAACCGGAUUGAAAACAUUGGGAAGAACUGCUUCAGUGGCCUGGAAAAUUUGGAAACACUAGAUCUGAACUACAACAACCUGAAAAGCUUUCCCGAAGCCAUCCAGACUCUCCCCAAACUGAAAGAGCUUGGCUUUCACAGUAACAAUAUCGCAAUCAUACCUGAAGGAGCCUUUCAUAAGAAUCCACUGCUACGUACCAUUCAUCUCUAUGACAACCCUCUCUCCUUCGUGGGAAGGUCGGCUUUCCAGAACCUAUCAGACCUGCACUCGCUGAUGCUGCGUGGCGCAAGUAAGAUGCAGCACUUCCCCAGUCUGACUGGAACAGGGAAUCUGGAGAGCCUCACUCUGACAGGCACUAAGAUCAGAACCGUACCUGCAGAUCUGUGUGAGGACCUUUCUGUUCUCCGAACUUUAGAUCUUUCCUACAACGAGAUCGAAGAGCUGCCUUCCUUUCAGGGCUGUGUGAGUCUUCAGGACAUAACUCUACAGCAGAACCGCAUCCAGCAGAUAGAGCGAGACACCUUCCAUGGCUUGACGAACCUGCGAGUUCUAGACCUGAGCAGAAAUAAGCUGAAAUCCAUCCAUCCAGAUGCCUUCCACUCUCUCAGCGCUUUGACCAGCCUGGAUCUGAGCAUGAAUCUUUUAGCCAGUAUACCUACAGCCGGCCUAAUCGCACUGAACCAACUCAAGCUGACAGGCAACGUGAACAUGAGGAACAGCCUGAGCGCUGCCGGCCUUCCUAAGCUCAGGUCUAUAUCAGUGCCAUAUGCAUAUCAAUGCUGUGCUUUUAUUGCCUGUGAUGACACACCGGGUUCUCUGGAAAGAGAGGAGAAGAGAAAAGGCACGGUUGAGGAGAUGGAGAGAUCCCCACUGCUUAUGCACUGUUCUCCUUCCCCAGGAGCAUUUAAACCAUGUGCCCACCUGCUUGGCAGCUGGAUGAUUCGCCUGACCAUAUGGUUCAUCUGCCUGGUGGCUCUGCUGUUUAACUGCCUCGUCCUGGCUGCCACACUUUCUCCACGCAGCUGCCCACUCUCACCCACCCGCCUCCUCGUAGCCAUCCUGGCCUCCUCCAACCUGCUGACCGGAUUCUACCUGACUGCACUGGUAGUUCUAGAUGCCGCCACCUGGGGCUCCUUCGCAUCCUAUGGCGUGUGGUGGGAGACAAGUGCCGGGUGCCAGGCACUUAGUGUUCUGGCCAUGUUCUCCUCCGAGUGGGCUGUCCUGGUGCUGCCUCUGGCCUCUGUGGAGCGCAGCCUCAGUGUCCGAGCACUGAUGGGUAAAGCGGGAGCACUAAGGAGCUGUGACCGGAAGGGUCAGAGAAGGAAGUUUGGCCUGGCUGCAGGAAUUCUGGGUGUAUUGGCAGCUGGAGUGGCAUUUUUAAGCCUGUAUCAAGGAGCAGUAGAGGGUUCUCCGCUGUGCCUGCCGUUCUCUGGAGCUUUGGCGCCAGGCUUGGGUGUGACUGUGGCUCUGGUGCUGCUGAACACCCUGGCGUAUCUGUUGAGCGCCGUGGUAUACACAAGGCUCUACUGCGGUCUGGGCCGUGCACAGCUUGCCGAUCCGGAGCAGGCAGGUUCAGUGCGGCACGUCGCGUGGCUCAUUUUUACUAACUGCAUCUUCUUCUGCCCAGUGGCAGCAUUCUCGUUUGCCCCACUGCUGACUGGAAUGGGUGCAGCCGGGAGCCCAGACAUGGCGAAAUCAGUUACUCUGAUCUUCUUUCCUUUGUCUGCCUGCCUAAACCCAGUGCUGUAUGUUUGCUUCAGCCCUGCCUUCCGACACGACUGGCUCCGCCUAAGGGGGCGGAUACGACUCGGGAGAGGUGGGAAAGCCAUCGGGGGCAGUUCAGCAGGUAUGAGCGGGACAGUUGAAGGUGGAGUCUCGAGCGAACUGGGCUACGAAUGUGGCAUGUGCGAACGCUGCGAGGCAGCUCUUCUAGCCAGAGCUUCUUCCUCAUCCGCUUCCUCGUCCUCCUCUUCCUCCUGCACAUGCAGACAUUUAGUGAAGUGGCAUAGUUGCCCGGCGCUGACGGCGGGCGAGGUUGCAUGCUCGCGUCUCGAGGGCGACUGGGCAGACUGCGGCACUCUGUCGGUGCACUCGGAAUACGCAGAUGAGGGAGACUCUUUCGUAUCGGACAGCUCGGAGCAAGCACAGGCGUGUGGACGCGCGUGUUUCUGUCAAAGUCGCGGCUUACCUUUAGUGCAUUACUCUUACAACGUGCCCAGCAUAAAAGACUGAGAAUGAGUCACUGCGUACACACACACACACACACACACACACACACUCGCGCAUUCACUACAGAGUGUCUGCUCACUUGGUGCACACACACAAGCACAUUAUGCAGGGAACAGUGGGCGAUUCGAGACACGCCCCGGAGCCAGAGAAAUUCAACUGGUCAGGAAGCACUUUUUUUUUUUUCUUUCAAACACAUCAGUGUGUGUGAAAGUGUGUGUGUUUGUCAGUAAAUAAAAAAGGGAAACUGACAAUAAGAAAGAGACUCACUGAGCCAGAUGUCAGCAAGACUUGAUUUGCUUUUUUAAAAUAUUUUUUAUUCAUGUCUGCAUGGCUGCAGCGAGCUGACUGACUUCCUUAAUCCUUCAAGAAGACAAAGCUCCUGCCCGCCUCUCACUCUUUCGGCAGAACACGACUUCGGUUUGCAACGGUUUUUGUUGAGCAGGGAUAAAAUGUCUCCGAUCUAAGAAUUUUUUUUUUUUGGGUUUUUGUUCUUCACUGUUGCCAUUCCUUGUUCUGUUGACCUCAGUGUGUGAUGGAAGUGUGGGAACUUUUCCCAUGUAGCUGCAUUCAUGUAUGUAAGUCAAGGAGAAUGUAACAUAACAUACUUUUUGUUUUUUUAAAGAGCGAGUUUAUUUUUAUUGCCUCUUUUCCUGGAAAUUCUGCUAAUAUUUAUCACUGGCCAGCAGCCAUUCCCUCACACUGAUCAGUGCAUCUUUCCCACAUGCAGGAGCCUUUGGGGUGAAAAAGUGGUCUGAAGGUUUCGAAGGCACAAAUGAUUUGACGUGAGAUCCAGUUCUCUCAGCUGUAAGAGCCGUAGAUUUUUAUAUUAGCAAUGGCUUUUUCAAACACUACCCUAAUUUAUAAACAAAUGUAUGUCAAAUUGUUUCUAUUAUAGUGAUUUUCAGUGGUUAUGGUACUGUAUAUAAAACAGGGUUGGACCAUUGUAUUAUAAUUUCCUGUGUGCCAUUCUAUCAUGUAGAUAGAAACUCGGGCCCUGAUUUCCUGAAUGACUCAACGGAUUACGGAUAAUCAGCUUUGUAGAUGCUUUGUGUAUUUCUACAUACUGAUCAUCUAUUAAAUAUGGAAUAUUAAAAAAUACUAAAUAUAUCCUGUAUCUCACGAUUUUGAGACACUUUCUUAGUGAACUGCCAAAAGAUGAUUAACGACGGAAUGACAGAGAUCAAUCGUUUCCAAUAAAGCAUCCAACAGCAAGUUAUUAACUUGUCUUUAAAUUAGCUUUCUUUUUCAACACGCCCUAAUUUGAGCCAUUUGUAGUUAUUACUAAUGUUAAAUGACAAUUUCCUUCCUUUUAUCACUUUAUAGCAGCUGUAAACAAACGUUCCCCUCACCAGCAUCUCUUUAUUUUUUUUUUUACGUUAAAGUUAAUAUAACGGGAAAACACAGAUUAUGUCGCUUUGAAAAUGUCCUGACACUGUAGACUCCUUCCAUACGGUAUAUGUCAAAUAAACAUCUGUUGUACAGAAAACAAUACAUCUGUAAAAAUCACGAUAUUCGUUUGUUUGAGAACAGGUUUAUAAAUGAUCCAUAUUAAUUACAAACACAUUUGAUUUAAAAAAUUAAAAUUUAUUAUUGCUAAUAUAUUUGUAUAUUUUUCUUUUCGUUCCUGCUAUCAUUUAUAAAAAUCUGGGUUUUUUUUUCUACAACAUAAAAUUUUUUGCAUUUCGUUCAAUAAUGCGAUCGUAAUCACAUUUUAUACAUGACACAGCUAUUAUUUGGAAAUCACCCCAAAAAACAGCUACUAACUUCAUGAUCAGUUUGGUUUAAAAUGUUUGUAAAUUAGGGGCUUGUAACACUAAGGUCAUGAUGGACCUGAUGCUUGAGAGCAUGAGCAGUUUUGAUGAUUGUCCAAUGACAUGAAGUUUAUUUUCCCUCACUCGAUCCCCAAAGAACGUGACUGGAUUAUUUUUGUACUGUUAUAAUUACAAUAGUCUUGUUAAAAAAACAAAAAAAAAAUGUUCCUUCCACUACUAUCAGGUCCAAAGAGCAAACAUGUAUUGUGUGGACUUUAUUCGUGUGUGUUUUCCCUCUGAUGUUGAAGUGAAUCUUAAGCUGUUUUUGUUGUCGUCUUAAAAACGUGUUAUAUCACUGAGAAUUCGUUUUCAGUGCCCUUCCUUUCCAUGUCACUUUCUUUUCCACAGAAUGAAUUUUGUCCUUUUUUUUCCCUCAAAGCAUGUUUGCAUCCAAGCUGAAUAAAAUUUCUAUGUCUGUGUGAGUCAAAUAAGCUUCCACCAGAUGAUGUUUAAAGUAAACUCUUCAAUGAGGUAGCAAUUAAUGUCACUAACAAAUUCCAGAUGUUUAAAUGUGUCUGUUUGUGAUCCUGUCUUUACGUUCGUCUGUGAGCAGUGUAAAUUAUUUGUAUAAUCGAGAAUGGGAUGCGUUGUCUAACCAUGGAAGCUACCUCUUUAAUUGUAGUGGCUGCCGGUCAUGUGCAGUGUGUAUGAGAGCGUGCUCACUCUUUGUGGGUAUUUUUUUUAUUUUUUUUUAUGUGGUAUGUUGACUGUAUGAUUACUCUCGCUGUAAAUACAUGUCAUUUGUAUUGUCACUGAAUGAAAGUCACAUUUUUAGUUUAUACCAAUUGUGGGAGGAAAUUGUGUACGGUAUAUAGUAAAUUUUGUAAAGCAAACCAUAUAAAGUCAAUUGCUUAAUGUA